CACGGCGAGCCAUGUGGUGUCUUCUAUCCACCUGGGUAUUCCUGGACCACGCAGCAGCAGAGCCGUGGCUCCGGGAACGCCUCUGUUUGCACAAGUUCUCCUUGUCUUCAGCUUUAUUUGCAUGAAAGUUACACUACAAAUUUGACACCGGCAGCUUUCAGGAACUAAAGGACAAUCACUUGGCUCCCUGUGACAAGCAGGACUUGUCCUCCGGAGCAGACACAGGUGUGGGGUGUAUAAACAAAGGAAACCAUUGAGCUCUCGGAUUGUCCAUCCCUGGAGGGAGGCUGCGGAGACAGAGCUGCUUCCAAGCUGGAGGUAGAAGAACACAAGGCAGAUGGUCUGUAGGAGAAGAUGUAUGCCCUACUAAUGGAGAAACACUGUUAAAGGUGCACCUGCUGCACAGUGAGAGAAAGGAAGAGAGAGAGCCCGGGCCGGUUUGGUUUCUGAACGCUUCUCACGGGAAGAUACCAUGAUGGAUGGAGCAGAUGAGAAGGCGAUGGAAGAAGACACCAGUCUAGAGGGGGAGGACUUUCUAUCCUGCCUUACAGAUGAAGAAAGGGAGUGUCUGCAGUAUUUAUUAGAAACCAUUGAUUCAUUGGACCAGGAUGAGGAUGAAAAUGCAAAUGGCGACCACGAUACCGGCGAGCACUUGACAAAUUCUACGGCAGGCCUUCAAGAUCGAAAUACAAAGUUGAAAAGUUUGAGUGAAAGCGUCAAGCUGUCAGAGAAAGCAGAAGCUGGCCACACACCAUCCAGGAUGAAGAUCGUGAAAUCUUAUUCUGAAGACUGCCCAGGAUUCUCCAUUACUGUUUCUCCAGACACUGGGCAAAGGUCAACCAGCUCUCACCCGUGCCAUCUUCGGAAGUUUGACACCAUAAUGAGGUCGGGAGUGAACGUCCAAGAGCUAAGAGCUCGAUUUGUCCGCCAGCCAGGCAAUUCUUCUUUAGAAGAGACCUUCAAAGAAACAUCACUGUCUUCUAAACUACUACCACAGGCAGCUCGUAGUCAUGUAUCUGCUAGGCAGGAGGCUUUGCAAAAAUUGGGUUUGUUGAAAGUGAACCAAAGCAAUUCAGACAUAGGUCGAAACUCCCCAGAAGACCAGCAUGGCAUGGACCAACAUCCACCUAGAAACAACUUUGAGUUAAACCAAAACGAUAUCAAACCAGGAGAGAACAUUCCACAAUCUGUUGAGAGAAAACCAGUUGGUUUCGACAAAAUCUGGCCAACUUAACCUUUCCAAUGGUCGAGUUAUCUUUAAGUUGAAGAUUUUAUAUCUUUGCUAUGCCAUAUAUUGUACAGAGGAGCUCAUAAACAAGGAGGCAGGUUUUAGCACCAAUUAACUGUAUCUGUUUGCGUCAUUGUAUGGGCGGU